AUCAUUUCAUCUGCAUAGUCCCACCAUCAACGUCUGGGUCGCGGAGAGUUAUAAGACCAUUUUCGUUAUUUUAAAUCGCACUGCUUUAUCAUCACAGACGGCUCAUCCCUAACUCGCUCAAUUCCCCGUCGCUGCUAUUAUGGAAUCAUCUUGAUGAGGCUCAAGUGAACCCCCAACGCGUGGAGAAUCGCCUUAAAACAUCAGCCAUCCGCUCUGUGAAAAACACCAGUGAUUCUAUUCGUAAAUAAUAUUACAACGUUCGUUGAAAUUCAAUGGCCAUGGCAAAAAUCACAGUCUAUUCGUUUUCUGGCUCCCAAUGGGCCGGGGUUGUCCAUCUUACAUUGGCUGAGAAGGGCUUCACAAAGGAACUAGAUUAUCACGUACAAGACGUUGAUAUAGGUGCCGCCGAUAACUUCGAUCCAGCGUACCUCGAGAUUAACCCAAACGGCACAAUACCAUCACUCACCUCAACUUCGCUGCCCGCGCCGCUCUCCGAGAGCACAGAUAUUCUGCGAUAUCUAGAUAGCUUACGGGAAAACAAUCCUCUCGUCCCCAAAGCUGCGAAAUCAAAAACCAAAGGCCAGCAAAUCAUUGACCUUGUACAUUCCAGCGCAGUGGAUACCAACAUUAUAUUUUUCGAUGCGCGCGAUGUCGAAGAACUUGAUAAUAAAAAAUCGAACUGGCAGAAGCGGUUUAUUGAUACACGCCAGCAUAGGCUGGAGCAAGAGCAUGCGACUCAUCCCGCACAUCCGUUCUACAACCGCAAGCUGAAGGAGAACGGGAUACUAUAUACGGCUUACCAAAAUACGGAUGGCGCCGCCGAUGCUGCCUUCUUUUCACGAAGCAACCAUUGCUACAUCGAAUUCGCUGCUGGCUUGGAUCAGCUAGAAUCGUUACUGGAGCUGCCAUACGCCGUAGGGAAUCAAAUCACGGAAGCGGAUUUUCAUGUGAUACCCUGGCUAUCCCACGCCAUGGUAGCAGCCGGAUCGAAUCGCAGCGAAAUUCACAACUUUUCUGCAUUGGAAUCGACGAUCCAAAAGUCUGUUGAUGGAUUCAAAGUUGGCCCAAGGACCCGAGAGUGGUGGGCUAAUGUGGCGAGAACCAGCUCCUUCAAAACAGUCUUCCCUUCUUUGCGCUGAAGCUGAUGAAAGUCUACCAUAGUAGCGAUUUUCAGUUCAACAUCUUGCUUACUUCUUCCCAUAUUCUGCGCAUCAUAGUUGAAUAAAUAUUAUAAAUAGAAACACUAAGUGAAAUGACUUGAUUAAUUCCCUUUUACUUUCAUUAACAUUUAAUUACGAAAGCAAAGAGUGUCAAAUCCUCUAUUCCGACAGUACACUGCAUUGAAUAUGUGACUUUAGUAUCCGCUACAACACCAUCGCCUGCCAGAUAGAGGGCAUACACCCCAACUCUCCGUGCCUACACACAAGCUUCCCUUCCUUCGAUUAUCGCUCACAGAGACACCAGCUAGCCUCAGUUGAGCGGAUCUGAUUAUUUAAGCGUUGCUUUUCUUCUUUGCGUUCCACUCAACUACCACCAUCAUGUCCUCCGUGGCAGACAUCGCAUCAAAAUUAGCAUAUAUCACUGGAAAGCUUACUGCGGGC